CAAACUUUUAUGUACCCUACCCUGUAUCCAUCUGCUCCAAGAAGAUUGUUGUUCCUCUAAAACCAAAACAAACGAGAUUUCAUUGGACAGUUGUGUUUUUUAGUCAUCACUGUCCUUCGAUAAAACCCUUGUUCACUUCUCUCUGUUUCUCACGUUUGUUAAUCUGCACUCAAUCACUUCAACCCUCAGAUUCCAGUGCCAGAUCUUGCUGCGCGCUGUUUCAGGGUUUAUUUUCUUAUAACAAAGCAUAUUUGCAUCAUAUGUGGAGGAUAUGUGCUACUAAAUAGUGAAGAAUAGAUCCUGUGUAUAGUUUUAUGAGCGCACAAUCAGAAAAGCUUGGAUAUAAUGGGGAUUGGUACUCGCAGCUCUACUAAUAGAAAACCAAGUGACAGUAUGAGGCUGGUUGUUACAACUUUUGUUGGAAUAGUUUUUGGCUUCUUUAUUGGAAUAUCAUUUCCAGCAUUAACUACAAAGUUAAAUCUCCCAUCUAGCCUGGCACCCUCCGUCGAUGUCUCUUACAUUGAAGACAAAGAUGAUUCUGGCCAUGAACAAUCUUUUAUGAAGAACAAUAGCAACUCAUCACAAUAUCCGUUAUUAAAUGAUACGUUGAAGAUUUGGAUUCCAUCAAAUCCAAGAGGCGCAGAAAGAUUACCUCCUGCAAUAAUUCAUGCUGAGUCAGACUUUUAUUUGCGAAGAUUAUGGGGUCUGCCCAGUGGGGAUUUAACCUCAAAGCCCAAGUACCUUGUGACCUUCACAGUCGGUUACAAUCAGAAAUAUAAUAUUGAUGCAGCUGUGAAAAAGUUUUCAGAAAAUUUCACAAUACUUUUAUUUCAUUAUGAUGGUCGAACAACUGAAUGGGAUGAGUUUGAGUGGUCAAAGCAGGCUAUUCAUGUGAGUGUUCACAAACAGACCAAAUGGUGGUAUGCAAAGAGGUUUUUGCAUCCUGACACUGUUGCACCAUAUGACUAUAUUUUUAUAUGGGACGAAGACCUGGGUGUUGAGCAUUUCAAUGCAGAGGAAUACUUAAAACUGGUGAGGAAGCAUGGGUUGGAGAUUUCACAGCCUGGUUUGGAACCUAAUAGAGGGUUGACAUGGCAAAUGACAAAGCGAAGAGGUGAUCGAGAAGUUCACAAAGAAACAGAGGAGAAACCAGGAUGGUGCAGUGACCCUCAUCUGCCUCCUUGUGCAGCGUUUGUUGAGAUUAUGGCUCCGGUGUUUUCGCGAGAUGCAUGGCGUUGUGUGUGGCAUAUGAUUCAGAAUGACCUGGUUCAUGGGUGGGGUCUUGACUUCGCACUUAGAAAAUGUGUUGAGCCGGCCCAUGAGAAGAUUGGAGUUGUUGAUUCUCAGUGGAUUAUUCAUCAAGGCAUUCCCUCACUAGGGAAUCAGGGAGAAGCAGAAUUUGGAAAAGAGCCAUGGCAGGGGGUAAGGGAGAGGUGUAGAAAGGAGUGGACCAUGUUCCAGAGUAGGAUGGCGAAUGCAGAAAGCGAUUAUUACAAGGCUGUGGGAAUUGAUUUGUUUAAUUCGACUACUCCAUAGGGAACAACUCAUAUUUUCAGUCCAUAUAGUAUUGUUUUGUGACACUAGUCACUUGCAAUCACUGUCUAGAUUCUAGAGUCUUAGCUAAGGGCAAAACAUAACAAUUCAAUGUAGAAUUCCAGUACUGAACGUUAGAAAAUUAAAUUAAGGUAAAUAAUACUUGUGUUGCAUGA